CCACUGAGCAGGAGAGAGAGAGAGAGAGAGAGAGAGGCAGAGACAGAGAGGGAGGUUGUGCUGUGUGAAAAAACUGAUGUAUCAUCUACUGUCUAUUCCAUCUGCUUUCACUUUUCACUUUCUCUCUCUCAGAGACUUCAUAUACUAACACAGGAAAAGAUUAACAAGAAGAAGAAGAAGAAGCCUCUUCUUCCUUCCCCCCCUCUCUCUCUUCCCUUUUCUUCGCAGAUAUUUCUUCAGAGUUUCGGGUUGAAAUGUGGAGCUAUUUUGCUAAAUGAGGAUUAUUGAAUUUUGCAAGCAGUGAUAGGUUUUGAAGUUCUCCAAAGUUCUGUUUUUUCACCCUUUACCAUACAAAAACCAGAAGGUUUUAGCAUGCGUUGAUGGGUUUUAUGGCAAUGGGAAUCUGAUGGUGUUAAUUCCUGCCGGCCUUGCAGCUUUGAUUUGUUAGAAUUGGAGAUAAAUUAGUGGUUUCAAAAUGAAUGGGAACAGACAAAUGGAGGUGCAUUAUAUAAACACCGGCUUUCCUUACACCACCACUGAAAGCUUUAUGGAUUUCUUUGAAGGACUAACACAUGCUCCUGUAAAUUAUGCUCACACUGGACCAAUGCAUGAUCAGGACAGUGCAUACUGGCCAAUGAACAUGAAUGCAUACAAAUUUGGAUUUUCUGGUCCUGGGAGUACUUCUUACUACAGCCCAUACGAGGUAAAUGAUAAUUUACCCAUCAUGGAUAUCAGCAGGACAGCUUGGGAAUACCCUUCUGUAGUGAACGCUGAAGAGCCCACAACCACAGACACUCAGUUUGAAGGAGAUGAGGACAUGGGAGUACAUGCCAUACACGAAGAAAGAAGCAUUUCUAAUCAGCCAAGCGCCAACAGUCCCCAGGCUGUUUGGCAAGAUGAUGUCGAUCCAGAUAACAUGACGUAUGAGGAAUUGCUCGACCUAGGUGAUACUGUUGGAACGCAAAGUAAAGGUCUUUCUCCGGAACUAAUCAGGUUGCUUCCAACCUCAAAAUGCAAGUUCGGAAGCUUCUUUUCAAGAAAAAAAUCUGGGGAAAGAUGUGUAAUUUGCCAGAUGAAAUACAAAAGAGGGGAUAAGCAGACAAAACUUAUGUGCAAACAUGUUUACCAUUCCGAAUGUAUCGCUAAAUGGCUUGGCAUCAAUAAGGUAUGCCCAGUUUGCAACAAUGAGGUGCUUGGAGAGCAUUCAAGGAACUAACAGAUCCAGACAAAAAGAAAUUCACUGCUCUUUCCUCUCCUCCCUUUUCUUUCUCUUUUUUAUUUGGGUGGUUUGGUUUCGUUUUCUUUUUGUACACGUAGGUUUAGUCAAGGACCCAGGCAAUUCCCUCAUUCUCCGUGGAAGUUUUGUUUGCUAAAGAAACCGCAUCAUCCGAGCUUCUAUAGCAAGAUAACUUGAAUUUUAACUUGCGUCCUGUUGCUGAAGUUUGAAUGUGUAUAUCUGUGAUCUUUGCUCC